GGAUUAUUUUGACAUUGAAAUACCACAAAUCCCCCUUCACCCACAAGUAGAUGUCAGUCACUAUUUCAAAAAAUUUAUAACUUAAUCGCGCCGAGGAUCUAUCGGAAACAAUCUUUCUACUUUUUCGGAUAGGGAUAAAGUCUCCGUACACACUAUCUUCCCAGACCCUGCUAUUGAAAUUUCACUUGGUUGUUGUUGUUUUCUUGUAGAUUUACACGGGGCGGAGCCAGAGUGUCCGAUGCGAGUUCGGCUGAACCCAAUAAUUUUGUUCAAACCUUGUAUUUGUAUGAAAAAAUUCAUUAAAUAUGUACAAUUUAUUAAUGUAGAACCCAGUAACUUAAUAGGAUUAGAAUCCCGAACCCACAAACUUAAAAUCCUGGCUCCGCCUCUGGAUUUACAUAGAGGCGGAACUAAGAUUUAAAGUUUAUAUGUUCAAAAUUAUAGUCCUUCUAAAUUAUCGGGUUUUAAAUUAAUAAUUUGUAUACCGUUCAAUAAAUUUCUUAAGACAAAAAUAAUAUUGAACUAAAGUUAUUAAGUUUGGUAUAACCCGCAAUCAAAAGGCUAGUUCGCCCUGGAUCUACAUUUAUUUUAAUUCCUAUGGUGUACCAAUAUUUAAACAUUAUAUCUCUCCUAUCAAUAAAUAUAUUACAAAAAUAAUUCUCUUACAAACCAUGCACUAUAUUUAUAUACAAAACAUUAUAUAUUCAUUUUCUUUUCUUCGAGAUCUUCAUGAUCUUUCACAAAAAAUAUUAGAUCUUUAUUCAUUUGGUCUUAUACUUACCCAAUCAUAAUAUAUACCAUAGGCUAGCUUUUGCUCUUAUUUAUACCCUCGUCUUUAUACCAAACAAAAACGCAAAUUUUCUGAUAUUUUGUUCAUGCAAAAAAUUUCAUGGAAAUAGUUAACUCAGUAACUCGUUUGAAGGUAACUCAUAUUUUCUUGAUUUCCAUUUUUUUCACAAAUUUUUACUGGUUUAAUAUUGGAGCUGAAUCUCCCAAAGAGCUUUUCAAAGGAUUUAAAGCAACCCCAGAUUCUCAUAUUUCAAAUUUUCAACCUCUACUUACUGAUUCUACUGGUAAUUACUCACUGAGUUUUCUCCGAGUUGAAAAAGAUCAACUCACUCUUUCUAUUAUUCAUGUUCCAUCUUCUGAGUCAAUAUGGGUUGCUAACUUGACCCGUUUAGCAAGAUGGGCUGACUCGACUGAGUUGUUCUUCAAUGGCAGUCUUGUGUUGUCGGAUUCUCGUUUAGGGGUAUUUUGGUCUACUCAUACUAAUGGACACCGUGUUUGGCUUUCAAAUACAUCAAAUUUGCAAGUUCAAAAGGUUGAUAGUGGAAUGAGGUUAAGUUCUGUUUUGUGGCAAAGUUUUGAUUUUCCCUCAGAUACCCUUGUGGAAAAUCAAAAUUUUACAAGUAAAAUGACUUUGGUUUCGUCCAAUGGGCUUUAUUCCAUGAGUUUGGGCUUUGAUUUUUUCGGGUUGUAUGCAAAAUUCAAGAACGAAUCGGGUCCGGGUCCGGGUCGGAUCUAUUGGAAGCACAAGGCAUUAGAAGCUAAAGCAGAUGUUAUUGAAGGUCAAGGACCAAUUUAUGCUGUAUUAAAGUCAGAUGGUUUUUUUGGUAUGUACCAAAAUGAGUCAGUUCCUGUUGAUGUAGAAUCUUUUAACAGUUUUCAACAACCCGUAUCCGGUGUUCGUCGGAUCCGGGUCGAACCGGAUGGGAAUUUGAAAGGAUAUUUUUGGGCCGGGUCAAGUUGGAUAUUGGACUACCAAGCAAUAAAGGAGACAUGUGAAUUGCCUAAUCCUUGUGGUAUAUAUGGACUUUGUCGACCGGGCAAAGGUUGUUCUUGUCUAGACAAUAGCACGGAUUACAACUCCGGCAAGUGUGUCUCGCCGGAAAAUCAAGAUUCCGGCGACUUUUGUGGGGUUUAUGAUCAUAAAAAGUACAAGGGCUUUUCAAGAAAUGGUGUUGAAUUGCCUAACAAGGAGUUAAUGACUUACCAAAAAAUGGCUUCUUUUCAAGAAUGUCAAAGUACAUGUGAAGGAAAUUGUACAUGUUGGGGUGUGGUGUAUACUAAUACAUCUGGAUUUUGCUACAUACUAGACUACCCCAUACAAAGUUUAGUAGGAGUAGGGGAUGAAACCAAAAUGGGGUUUUUCAAAGUGAGGGAAGGUGUUGGGAAAGAUAAGGUGGAGGUGGGGUUAGGGAUAGGGAUAGGGUUAUUAUGUGGGGCCAUCUUGGUAUUUGGUGGGGUCAUAGGGUUAGGGUUGUAUAGAUAUAGGAAAGAAAAGAGGAGUGAGUGGGUAUGUAGAGAAGAUGGAAUGGUAGUUGGACCAUAUAAGGAAAUGGGAAAUGCAAGUUUUAGGUCAAUUGAACUAAGUGAAAGAUGAGGUAAGGGAUGAC